UUUUUUUUUUUUGGAAGGAUUGUUUUGCCCUCACAAUGUUUGGGGACUUAUUUGAAGAGGAUUUCUCCUUUAUUUCAAACAAUCAUUGUGGAAAAGGAAAGAAAUCAAAGCCCAGAGAUUCUGAGCCUCCAGCUCCCAGGGAUUUCACCAACCUAAGUGGUAUCAAAAAUCAGGGUGGGACCUGCUACCUCAAUUCCCUUCUGCAGACUCUGCUUUUCACACCUGAAUUUAGAGAGGCACUGUUCUCUCUAGGACCUGAAGAACUUGGGACUCUGGAUGAUAGCAGUAAACCAGAUGCAAAGGUUCGAAUAAUUCCAUUGCAACUUCAACGGUUAUUUGCUCAGCUUCUGCUCUUGGACCAGCAAGCUGCAUCUACCACAGGCCUUACGGAGAGCUUUGGGUGGAACAGCCAUGAGGAAAUGAGGCAGCAUGAUGUGCAGGAGUUAAAUCGGAUUUUGUUCAGUGCUUUGGAAACUUCCCUGGUGGGGACGUCAGGUCAUGAUCUUAUUAAUCAAUUGUACCAUGGGGUUGUUGUCAACCAGAUUGUUUGUAAAGAAUGCAAGAACAUCAGCGAGAGACAGGAAGAUUUCUUAGACUUAACAGUGGCGGUAAAAGGUGUAGCUGGCUUGGAGGAGGCCCUCUGGAACAUGUACGUGGAAGAAGAGUACUUUGAAAACGAGAACUUGUAUCGAUGUGGAGCCUGUGAUAAACUUGUUGAAGCUUCAAAGUCUGCCAAACUACGCAAAUUGCCACCCUUUCUCACCAUUUCUCUCCUGAGAUUUAACUUUGACUUUGAGAAGUGUGAACGAUACAAGGAAACAAGCUGCUAUACCUUCCCUAUCCAGAUAAAUCUGAGGCCUUUCUGUGAGCAGACUGAAAUGGAUGAUUCAGAGUACAUGUAUGAGCUCUUCUCUGUUAUUAUACAUAAAGGUGGCUGCUAUGGAGGACACUAUCAUGUUUAUAUCAGGGAUGUGGAUGAAUUAGGAAACUGGCAAUUACAAGAAGAAGAAGAUAGGCUGAUUGAAGAUAAGGCUUUAAGAGAUAUUGAAAAUGGCAAAGAAAUAGAAAACCCAUUGGCAGUGUUGAAAGGGAUUUUAUCAGAGGAAGAAUCUAAACAAAUUCCCGUGGAUCAAUUAGGGCAGAAAUUAUUGGAGAAAAAAGGGGUAUCCUGGAAUAAGAAAUACCGAAAACAAUAUGGAGCAUUACGAAAGUACUUACAGAAUCAUCCUCAGAUAUUUCGGUUCAGUCCUGAUGAAAAUAAGGUUGGUCUGAAGGAAAAAAACAAGCUCCCGUUUCAGUCAGAUCCUCAAGGACAAGCUCUGCAAAGCCCUCCUCAGAAGAAUGAUGUCCAGUGGAAUUCAGGAAAAAAACCUACAAGGCUAAGGGAGAGUUCUGCCAGAUGCCACUGGUUUGAUCUGAAUGAUUCCAAAGUCCAGCCGAUCAAGGAGAAGGAUAUUGAGAAACAAUUUCAGGGUAAAGAGAGUGCCUACAUGCUGUUCUAUCGAAAAUCUCAGUUAAAAAGACCACCUGAAGCGCGAGGAAAUCCAAGGUACCAAAUUCCUGAACACCUUCUGAAUGAAAUGAAUGCUGCUAAUACUGAGCUGCAAAAAAAGAGAGCGGAAUGUGACUCGGCAAACAACGGCAUUGAUUUACAUCUCCAUCUGAGCUCAUGUUACCAGUUUCACAAUGGGGCUUUGCAUCCUUUGCUUACUUGGAAAGAGAGUGUCGUGGAUUUGACUAUUGACAGAAGAAAAACACUAGGACACCUUCGACAAUCAGUAUUCCAGAUGUUAGAAUCUUGGGAAGGAGACAUGGUUCUCAGUAUUGCCAAGCCUUUACCAGCAGGACUGCAUCUUUACCAGAUACUUGAUGGAGAUGAGCUGACACUGGAUGGCAUUGGGCUGGUUGAUGGAGCAGACAUCUUUGUGUGGAAUGGGAAAGAGGUUGGUGGUACAAAGGUGAUGACAGGCCCUGAUCAUGAACCUGUGGUCAUAAACGUGCUUCGUUUAGCAGAAUAUAACGAAGGAGGGAAGGGUCAGCAUUUCACAGAAUCGCAGCAUGUCUUUUCAUGCGGCACAAAAGUGGGUGAUCUGCACAGAGCCUUGGCACCGUCAGGAGGAAUAAUUCUAAAGAAUGGCUCAGGACCAGAUAAAGAAGCCAAGAACUGGGAAGUUUUUCUUGAAGAAGAUAUGAAGGAAACGGUCAGAAGUGUUGGUCUGACAGAUGGAUGCUCAGUACUAAUCUUAGACAGCCAUGACCAGAGCUUCGUGAAUGUGUCAAGUGGCAAUUUGACUGCUUUUACGUAUGACAUCAGCUGGCUCCAAGUGAAAAACUUCUGCGGAUCAGAUGAUGAAGAAAAGAAACACGUUAAAAUUACUGCCACUAUUGAAACAGUGAUGUCAGAUAUCAGAAUGAAAGCAAUACGGGAGCUUCAGCUAGAGGAGGAACUAGCAAACAACAGCUGUCUUAGACCUGUCAGUGGAAAUGGGAAACUUCUUUCUCCAGUGCCUGAGGAUUAUACUGUCAAGGAAGCAGAACUGAAAAUGGGAAGCUUGCUAGGGCUGUGUCAUGGGAGAGCUCCAACUUCCACUCAGCUCUUCUUAUAUUUUAUUGUUGGGAGUGACCCAAAUGCCAGCCCUGAGAUGGAGAUAGUUGUGGAAGAGACUGCCUCUGUCAAAGAGUGCCUAAAUUUAAUGCUGGAAAAAUCUGGAUUAUCAGGUGACAACUGGCAUUUGAGAAGGAUUGACUGGUGCUAUGAAGCAGGGGAAGCAUUAAGUCAGGAAAAUGCCACUUUGAAGGAAGUUAAUGUUUGCAGAGGAGAUACUUUGGUCGUAACUGAAGGAAAGCUUCCACCAAAGGGUUUCCUGAAAAUACCUAUCUGGUGGUUCAAGUCCUCAAUUGGUAAGAAUCAUGGAGAGGAUGCACAAGACCAAGUGAAUGGGAUGACCUGCAAGAUGGACACUUUGCAGGUGUCUCCAGCAGGAGGUUCACUGGAAUACAUCCACACAGGCAUGGAUCUUUGUUAUGCUGGCAGUAUAGAAAUAGCAGGAGAAGCUUCUUUGGAAGAUCUGAAGAUGCAGGCCAUGACCUUACUGUGCUGCCAGGAGCAGAUUGUCCCACUGCCCUCCUUUCUUAGAGCAUGGACGGUGGACAGUAAGCGCCCAGGCAAGCUUUUACGGAACAACAAGCAGCAGCUCAAUGAAUAUAAGCUGGGUGCCAGAGUGGAAAUCUGCAUGGAACCUUUACAAAAAGAAGAGCAUCUGGGCCCCUGUGAGCUGCUGCUUCGAGUCCAGAUGAGCAUCCCAGGGGAGAGGGACUACUAUGACUCCACGGAUUUGGUGUGGGACAUCUCCAGAGAGUGCACAACCUGGGCUCUGAGGCAAAGAGUGGCUUCUCACUAUUGCCUCCCUGUAGAUAAAAUUGAAAUAGCCAAAUACUUCCCUGAAAGAUUUGAGUGGCUGCCAAUCUCUAGCUGGACGCAGCAAAUUUCAAAGAGGAAACGGAAGAAAAAACAGGAGAGUUUACAGUCAGCACCUUAUCACCUGAAAGAUGGAGAUAUAAUUGGGGUGAAGAAUCUUCUCCUUGAUGACAGUAAGGACUUCAGCACAGUUAGAGAUGAUAUUGGGAAAGAGAAGCAAAGGCAGCUUGCACUAGGAAAAAAGAAGAGUCGGCAAGCCGAACGCUUACAGGACCACGUUUUCUCUGAGGAAAAGCUGAAUAUUAAGCACCGUAAACCAGAAGUGGCUCUUUCUAUCAAUGUGGGCGUUUUCAGAUAG